AUGGAAAGGUGUGAUGGACAAAGGUUUACCUAUUUGACGGAAGCCGAUAUCCAGGACAGAUCUGUCCUGGAGGAAGUUGACGCCUUCAUGAAUGAAGUUGAGAGACAUGCAGCAAGUUUCAAUUGGGGUCGAGAUAUCCCGGAAAAUGUUGAGGUUGUUCUCGAGAUUGAAGAGGAUGGGUGGAGCUACUACAUGGUUGACUUGGAGCAACGUUGUGUCUUCUGGCUUCAUGAGUACGAUAUCAGCAAUGCACUGGGUGAAGGUUUUGGCGUUGGAUCAAUCGAUCAUUUUCGUAGCGAGUUAGAUUUUGAGUUUUGGCAGCAUAUCGAAUACUUCCCUAACCACCGCAAGCUUUACCCCGAUGUUUUCAACGAAGUGAUGGGAAUACUUAAUUAUUGGAUAAUAGAUAUCAAGAUUUACGUCGACUCUGCCACACCAUACGAUGCUGACGACUUUGCCUCGCUCGUAACAUCAGUCGAGCAUUUACAGUGUUUGUAUUUGGCCAUCCUUGCACUGACAAUCAAUUUUGAGUUAAAUUCCUAUUUAGCAGUCUACGACUCUGGUUACUGUGCCUAUGCCAUUGCAAGUAUUGACAAUGAGCGAUAUUUAAACUUUCAUGGCUUCAACGGUGCUCGCCUUACGACCUCGCAGAGUGUGCGAGGGAUCAUUCCGAAACAACGAUCAACACUUAUCAAGUGUCUAUCUCCUUUACUAUUCUUUUCUCCGGAGGCCCAUAUUUCUGACCUUGAACUAUUACAUGUGGAUGGCUUCAUAAGGGACCGUACAUGGAAGAAAUAUCGGAACAAGCUUGAGAGAGAUUGGGAGGCAUUUGUGCUCACAUCCACAGUUCUGCUAAACGCGAAUGUCGCUCUGCUCAGCACGCCAAUUAUUUUCUCAGAUAACGGAAAUGCAGGCUUAUCGGCAUCACCAGCCGCCGUGGCAAGUCAAGUCUCCGUAAUUGCAAGCAUUGCAAGUAUCAUCAUUGGGCUCUUCCUCGUGCGGCAGACUCGUGGCGACAACGUAUACAAUACCUAUACUUAUCUUAGCGGUAGAAAACACGAGCAACGUGGGCUUGAGACAAUAGCAAUCCAAUACAGUUUGCCUUAUGCUCUACUUAUGUGGGGCAUAAUUGCAUUCUUGACUGCAAUUGCAAUUGCCUGCUUCUUCAGAAUUGAUAAUAGUACACCAGGCUUUGCUGCACAAAUAAUUUAUGCUGUAUCAUGGCUCUUCACUAUUCCCCUCAUCCUUUGGACUGCACUUACUGUCUGGGAGACGAACAAUCGGACACACUUGUCUGAGCUCCUCUCGACUCUCUGGCAGAAAUGGAAAUAUAUUAAUUGGAAGGGGCAGGGGAGAUUGUCUGGAUUUGGUGCAUAUUAG